AUUUUUUUCAUUUCGUACUUUGACUUCUAAAUAUGGUAAUUCGCGCUGUCUUCCUAACAUCCCCGUUGAGUGACAACUGCCGCGGCUUCAUCCACAAGUACUCCUCCGCGCCCCGGCCCGCCCAUCGUUUUCUCUGCUUUCUCUAGCAUCGUCGACACCGCCGGCAACAAUGGCUUCGUCUAUGCUCCUUCGCUCAACGCUGCCUAGAACCUUUUCCUCCACGACUGGACGCAAUGUCUUGCGAUCUGCAUUGCAAGCGAGAGCAAGUUCGACUGCGCAAUAUGUGCCAGGUGGACCUAUCAUAAAAGGCACAGUCAACGACCCCAUCGAGUUCCCUACCCCAUCAAAGACGCAUGGCUCGUAUCACUGGGCAUUCGAGCGACUUCUCGCAGCCUCCCUCGUUCCGAUGACAGCAGCAGCUUUUGUGACCUCCGGGUCAUCUUACCCCGUUCUCGACGGAUUGCUUGGUCUUAGCUUAGUGAUGCACUCUCAUAUUGGGUUUGACUCGAUGGUCGUGGACUACGUGCACAAACGCAAAUUCCCUAUUAUUGGCCCUGUUCUGACCUGGACACUGAGAACAGCGACGGUUGGCGUGCUCGUCGGCGUUUAUCAGUUCAAUACAAAUGAUAUUGGGUUGACGGAGCUGAUUGCGAAGGUCUGGACAGCGUGAGAUUAUAUGCAGGAAUUAUAUCGAGAGACAA